GUUCUAAUUUCCGUGGAGAUCACUAUCGAUGGAGGUUGCAGAUAUUGGGGUCAAGUUUCUCUGGAAGGUGAAGAGGAGAUCCAACAAAUCGAUCAAAUAUCCCUUCUGAAGAUGAAGGUUCCUUGUAAUCACUGAUGGAUUGUUGUGAUCGUUGAUACAACACCAUAGCAAAGAUAUGAGUCUUAAUCAAUGAAGAAGGGUGUUCAAAUGAAAGUUGGGAAAUUUCUUCAGUUGAAUGCUUGAGAGCUCAAAGACAUGGGAGGAGCUGGAGAAGAGACAGUGGCUUGGAGGUACUUUAGCAGAGAUGUUGUGCCGUUUGCUGCGAUGUUUGCAGUGGAGUGUACUACGGUUGGGUCAAACACACUGUACAAGGCUGCAACUUUACGAGGAUUAAGCUUCUAUGUCUUUGUCUUUUACUCUUAUGUUGUUUCAACACUUCUCCUUCUUCCACUUUCCUUCAUGUUUGGAAGGUCAAGAAGAUUGCCUUCAGCCAAGUCUCCUCUAUUCUUCAAGAUUUCCUUACUUGGGCUUCUCGGGUUCACAUCGCAGAUAGUUGGUUGUAAAGGUAUAGAGUAUAGUUCUCCUACUCUCGCCUCUGCUAUCAGCAAUCUCACACCAGCUUUCACAUUCACCCUCGCCGUUAUCUUCAGGAUGGAACAAAUAUUGUUAAGGAGCUCUGCGACUCAGGCCAAAAUCAUUGGCGCAAUACUAUCUAUUUCUGGUGCUCUGGUCGUUGUGCUAUAUAAAGGCCCAAAAGUUCUCGCUGCUGCAUCAUUUAUACCUUCAUCACCUAUUAUAUUCCUUCAACAGAAUUUGACUUCAUUCGAGUCAAGCUGGAUAAUCGGAGGCCUUUUGCUUGCUUCACAGUAUUUUCUUCUAUCAGUCUGGUAUAUUCUUCAGACUCGGGUCAUGGAGGUAUACCCUGAAGAAAUAACCGUAGUCUUCUUCUACAACUUAUUUGCAACGCUAAUCUCAGCACCAGUGUGUUUAUUAGCGGAAAGCAAUUUGACUUCUUGGGUGCUUAAACCAGAUAUUUCCCUCGCUGCAAUCAUAUACUCGGGAGUCUUUGUUUCAUUAUUCAGCGCUCUUACUCACACAUGGGGUCUGCAUCUAAAGGGUCCGGUCUACAUAUCCUUGUUUAGGCCAUUGUCUAUCGCAAUUGCAGUCGCCAUGGGUGCUAUAUUCCUCGGGGAUGCACUUCACCUUGGGAGUGUGAUUGGAUCAGUGAUCUUGUGCUUUGGAUUCUACACUGUGAUUUGGGGAAAAGCAAGAGAAGAUGCAACCAAAAGUGUUGCUGGUUCUGAGCAUGCACCUUUGCUGCUUACACACAUUGUCGAAAAUGAAGUCUUGUCAUUAAGAUAGGACUGAUGCAAGUGUGAAUCUCUCUAUGUUAAGUGUUAACUCAUUUGUAAAUGUGUGGUUCAAAUUAUUGAAGAGCGUAUCAAUGACUCCGGUUUGGUUAAACUUUUUUGUGUUGGUUCGGAUUGGAAUUAACAUUUUUAGUUUUCCAACUAAUAAAACCAAUAUAUUUUGUUUGGUU